GGUUUCCCGCCUCCUCUUCAUUAUCGUCAUUCGUUCUCCAUUCGCCAAUUGGAUCUUGUCGCUAAACUUUCCACUAAACUACUAAAAUGUCUGCUACCGAGGGCAAAGUAAUCACAUGCAAGGCUGCCGUUGCGUGGGAGGCAAAGAAGCCGCUGUCCAUUGAGGAUAUUGAAGUAGCGCCGCCCAAGGCACAUGAGGUUCGCAUCAAGAUCACAGGCACGGGCGUCUGUCACACGGAUGCCUUCACUCUGAGUGGUGCCGAUCCGGAGGGUCUGUUCCCAUCGGUCCUGGGCCACGAGGGCGCUGGAAUCGUUGAGAGCGUCGGCGAGGGAGUAACUAACUUCAAGGCCGGCGAUCAUGUCAUCGCACUAUACAUUCCUCAGUGUAACGAGUGCAAAUUCUGCAAGAGCGGCAAGACGAAUCUCUGCCAAAAGAUCCGACUGACCCAGGGAGCUGGACUCAUGCCCGAUGGCACCUCCCGUCUCAGCUGCAAGGGCCAACAGCUAUUCCAUUUUAUGGGCACAUCUACCUUUGCCGAAUACACGGUAGUGGCUGAUAUUUCACUGACCAAGAUUAAUGAGAAGGCGCCUUUGGAAAAGGUCUGCUUGCUGGGCUGCGGAAUAUCCACGGGCUAUGGAGCUGCCCUUAACACAGCUAAGGUGGAACCCGGCAGUACCUGCGCUGUUUGGGGUUUGGGAGCCGUUGGCUUGGCCGUGGGAUUGGGCUGCAAGAAGGCAGGCGCUGGAAAGAUCUACGGCAUCGAUAUCAAUCCCGACAAGUUUGAAUUGGCCAAGAAGUUUGGCUUCACCGACUUCGUCAACCCCAAGGAUGUGGCCGACAAGGGACCCAUUCAGAAUUACCUCAUUGACUUGACCGAUGGCGGAUUUGAUUACACCUUUGAAUGCAUUGGUAAUGUGAACACCAUGCGCUCCGCUUUGGAGGCCACCCACAAGGGAUGGGGCACCUCGGUGGUGAUCGGAGUAGCCGGAGCUGGUCAGGAAAUCUCCACUCGACCUUUCCAAUUGGUCGUGGGUCGCGUGUGGAAGGGAUCUGCCUUCGGUGGCUGGCGCUCCGUAUCGGAUGUGCCUAAACUGGUGGAGGACUAUCUGAAUAAGGAUCUGCUGGUGGACGAGUUCAUUACCCACGAAUUACCGCUGUCGAAAAUCAAUGAGGCUUUUGACUUGAUGCACAAGGGGGAGAGCAUUCGCUCCAUCAUCAAGUACUGAAGAUAAAGUUGUUUGUUUUAUUUUCACUUUUUAUACCAGCUGGCUGUUGCUUGCGAUUGCGUAGAAUAAUAAACACCGAUUGUAUAUGUAA